UCCAUCGGCCGUUGAUAAAGGCACCGGGUCUCAAUGCCUCUGGCUUUCCACCCUCAUCUUCGCUUUGGUUCUCGAUCGACUUCGCGGCCUCAGCACAGUACAUGAAUGCGAUGGCUGCAGCUCGACGCUGCUUUGGAUCCUCGCUCGAGCAUGCAUGAAACAAGCCGGCUUGUGGAGGCUGCGGCGGCACUGUCGGCGCUGUUGCGGGAGCGUGAAGUUCCUCAUGCGUUUCAUGGGAAUUUUCUGACCGCCGUUCUGUCCAAUGCAACCCAUGCCGAUGAAAUAUACUGCAUAGUCGAAGGGGGAAGCACUCACCCUUUCCGCAGAGUACGACAGGCUUGCGAGAAAAGCGAAGAUUUCACGACAACAGUAUCGCCGUGGAUCAGCCGUUUGCAUGCGACCUACCGCCGGUUCAUUCCUGUCAUUGACAUUGAAAUACUGCCUGCAGGCGAGCAAGGUCCCAGGCGGCUCGACGGAACCACAGUGAUGGUGAUUGGUGGUGUCCCCUUUCUAACAAUAUCCGAAUUCAUCAGGGCGAAGCUGAAGGCCUGGACACUACGGGGACUCGAACGCGAUGCUCAAGACAUCAUUUUCGCAACAACGCACUACUGGGAUCGCGCGGACAUCAAUCGCAUCCCGGAGCAAGAGAUGAACGAGUUCGUCCGUCAACACAAAAGCAUUGCACCUGGGUGGGCGCAGCUCAAACGGAAGUACGGGAUGUCAUAAAAUGGCGUCUGGGCCCUACGGAAGACAAUGGGCCCACAUCAAAAGAGGUACCUCGUGAUGAGCGGUGCCAACGAAGCCUAUGGCAGCGGUCCGUCAAAGCAGCCGGACCCUCCACGGGCGUAUGCUGUCUCGCAGUCUAUCGGUUACUCACCAUGCGAAUAGAGUUGUUCAAAAUCCUGUGGACGGUUCUUCGGAUUGUGAAACCUCUACCUUCUGUGGUCCUAUAUGCACCCCAUUUCGCACGGACAGGUCCGCUUCCAGAAGUUAUCGAAUCACUUUGUUGUCGCCGUUUACGCCGAUAAGCUAUUCAGUAA